GUAGAACGGCAGAGUGCUCUGUUCCGAAUGGGAAUCGGACACCUUCCUGUCCUCAAAUAACGGUCGCGCAUCCUUGGAUAGAACAUCUUCUCACCAGCGCACACUUUCUUUUUUUUGCUUUAACUCUCCUGAGAAAUAGAAUAGCGUAAACCAUGGCUGUCACGGGCUGCAAUCAGUGUAUUAAAUACACGCUUUUUUUCUUCAACUUCAUUUUUUGGUUGGCUGGCGGCGUGAUUUUGGGUGUGGGUCUGUGGCUUCGCCAUGACAACAAGACCAGUAGAAUCCUCAUGGUGCAGUUUGAGGGAAGCCAGGCUCCCAGUACAUUCUACAUCAGUGUUUACGUCCUUAUUGCAGUAGGAGCAGUGAUGAUGUUUGUUGGCUUCCUCGGUUGCUAUGGCGCUAUACAAGAGUCCCAGUGCCUUCUGGGAACUUUCUUCACGUGUUUAAUAAUUCUGUUUGCCUGUGAGGUGGCUGCUGGUAUAUGGGGUUUCAUUAACCGAGACACGAUCUCGACAGAGAUGAUAAACUUCUAUGACUCUGCCUACAUUAAAGCGGUGGAGCCUGUGGACAGUCCCACGCGCCAGGCUGCCAUUAAAGUACUGGAGGUGUUCCAUGAUACGCUGGACUGCUGUGGGAAGGGAGAUGAUCCGUCUCUGUUCACACAGCUAACGACCGCGGUGUGUCCCAACAUGCAUAUGAGGGAAGCCCUCACACCCAAGAGCUGCCAUGUGAAGCUGAGGGAACUGUUCACUGAGAAGCUGCACAUAAUCGGACUGGCUGCACUCGUAGUUGCAGUCAUUAUGGUCUUUGAGAUGAUCUUCACCAUGGUUCUCUGCUGUGCCAUCCGGAACAGCCCGCCCUAUUAAUGGGCAGACUGACUGACAGCCAAAGGAACCAACUGUCCGCCACUCCCAGAGACUUCCAGCCAAUGACGGAAGUGGAAACAUAUCCUGCUUUUUCUCAGCAUGUUCUUAUUCUUUUCUGUUCUAGGUUCAAGGACUUGAAUCCCCGUGUUUUAACAUGGACCUCAUCUGGAAAAUGCCCACAGACGAGAUGCCUGGUCAAAAGCUGUGCACUUAUCCAAUCGUUUUUAUAAAGAGCAUGAUCAUACAACGUGGACCAUGUUAGGACUGAUAUCCACAGGACUUAGUUUAUGACUCUUCUAGCUUUUAUUAUUAUAGUCUUCUAACCUUUGCAAACACAUUACUGGAAGGCUCCAAACUUUUGUAUGGGUGUAGAAACUGUACAUAGUCAAAGCGCUUUCUUUGUGCAUUAAGAUUAAUACUUCGACUGUGGUUAUGGUAAAUACAUGUAAUUUCAUUGUGUCACGUGGCCUGUGAGGCUUUCUGAGAGAGGGCUAUAGUCUGUGUUGUAUAUACACUCAAAGGCUGCAAUGAUACACAUUAAGAGGUCGAAAGUUCGCUCUGGGCUUUUUUGGAUUCAAGGGAGUAAUUUUGCGUUAGAGUUGGCUUCUUAUUUUUCAUUCUAUUUUCAUGUACAUCUGUACUGUGUGUGAUUCUAGCUUCAGCGCUUAAGUAUAGAGGAACAAAAUAAGUAGAAAUGUUCGAAGGAUUCACCUCCUGAGCGGUAGAACGAGGUGCUUUUAAUGUGUUGUUUGGCAAAGGACGUAGAGGUUAAGACAAUGGCGCGCCCUCUGCUGUAUAAUAGUAGUAGUGCAGUUAGACGUGAGACUCUUCUCCCCUUCACUCUCAUCAGGGAUAUAAAGCUUAAAAAACUCGUUGAUAAUUUAUUCUCACACAUAUAUGUAAACCACUAUGACAUCUAGUCUAAUAUUAAUCACAUUUUUGUAAACAUUAGUUGUAAUGUUCGAAAUUCUGCCAUUUUUCUGAUAUUUUCUAUCACUACCAA